GGCGCUGGUGGAGCUCUGAACUUUCACAGCGGAGCGUUUAGUCCUCGUUGCUGUGAGGAGACAACUUGGCGAGCAGCCUUCUCCCUCCGUUAAAGCUGCGGGUCUGACGGCGUAGCCGAGACAGACAGACAGACAGACAGACAGACGGACGGAAAGACAGUGAAGGACUUUGAUUUUUACAUCAACCGGAGCGACUUCCACCAAGUUUUUCGGGGCAUUCUGCGAAGACUCUUCACGCUGGAGCUUGGAGGUGGCUUCCUGCAGGACCAUUUAUGGGGAGAAAACUCUUGGUGAAAAACAGAACAAACGUCAACUCAUCCACUUACACCCGAACGGAGGCUGCAGGAACGAGCAAAAUGGCUCAAAGAUCCUGCAUUGCUUUGAUACUUCUUGCAUUAAGUGGCCUGACGUCUGCAGGGCCAUUGUCUCGCAGUCCGUGUGAGCUGCUGCCGGUCGGGUCGGGACACCCGGUGCAAGCCAUGCUGAAGAGCUUCACUGUGAUGUCGGGCUGUUCAAGCAAAGGCACCAUGAGCCUGCCUCAGGAGGUGCAUGUGAUCAACCUGAGGGAACAUGCUGCAGAAGGCCCAGACGGCUCUCCAGAAAGAGUUGAGCUGCAUCUGAAGCCCAUCCAGUCCAUGCGGCAGCACCAGAAGCCUUUGGCCUUUGUGCUAAACUCCCCCCAACCUGUGAUGUGGAAUGUCAAGUCAGAGAACCUGGCCCUGCGCAUCAGACAUACCUUUCAUGUAUCACAGGGCUCCCAGGUCCAGUAUAAGCAGGCAAACCUCUCCCUCAACACUGAGAUCCUGCAGGAGACCCUUCCCCAAGGCAAUGAGGACCUCCUCAACUGGGCCCAGAAGGAGUACAGGGCAGUCACCUCUUUCACUGAGCUCAGGAUGACUCAAGCCAUCUACAUCAAAGUCGGAGAAGAUCCAGUUUUUUCUGACACUUGCAAGAUUGACAACAAUUUCCUGUCUCUGAACUACCUGGGCAGCUACAAGGAGCUCCAGUCGUCAAGGGGUUGCAUCCUGUCUGUGCCUGACAAGGACAGAGAAGUCCACAUCGUUGAGCUGCAAGCUCCGAACUCCAGCAGAGCUCUCCCGGUGGAUGUCACUGUGGAUCUAAGGCCUCUCAAGGAUGAUGUCUUGGUGUUUCGAGAUGUCGUCUUGGUGCUCAAAUGUGCAAAGUCCGUCCACUGGGUUGUCAAAGCCCACGAUGUGAAGGGGAACCUGGUGGUUGUGGCUUCCAAUUCAGUGAGUGUUAGCUCACAGAUGUUUGAGACAACACAACCCCGACAGUCUUUGCCAUCAGGGUCACAGGCCUUAAUCAAGUGGGCUGAAGAUAGGGGCUACAGUCCAGUCACAUCUUACACCAGCACCCCUACGGCAAACCUCUUCAAAAUCCGACUGAGAGAGCAAGAUGUGGUGGAUCAUGCGGAGAGGAGAUUGCCCCCUGAGCUGGCUAUCCUGCUUCAUUCCAGCCCUCUCCCAGAAAAAGGACGCUCCAGUCUGCCUUUUCACUUUGCUGCACACGUACAUGACAGUAUGCCUCAACGGUACGAUGUAGGGGCCAUGGGGGACGGGGGCCCUUUGGAUGUUGAACCUUUGGAUGUUGAACCUUUGGAUGUUGAACUCAGCGUGCAGUGUGAAGACCAUCGGAUGGUUGUCAGCAUUGACAAAAAGAGCCUCGAAGCAAAUGGAUUCGUUAAUGCCAGUGUCACGCUGACGGACCCAACAUGCAAAGCAAAAGUCAAUGAAACCCACUACACGCUGGAAACAUCUCUGACUGGAUGUGAGACCAUUGUGUUUCCAAUGCCUGACCAGCCAAUAGUCCAUUAUAUUAACUCUGUGAUAGUGAAUUCUACUGAGACGCAGGACUAUGAAGAUCAGGCACAAACUCCACACGCAGCCAUGACAAACUUCAAUUGCACAUACAGAAAAUCUGAGGAAAACCCAAAGCUGCUUCCUGGUAUUAAGAGCUCUCCUGGUCUACGCAGACCAGACUACAACGACAUAAGUCUUGAGAUGGAGCUGUACGACUGUGCGUCUCUCAGCGAGUCUUCACAUCAGCCCCUGCUCACAGUUUUUGACCAAAAGGAAGUGUUCGUGAAGAUCACAUUAAGCCCACCGGAUCGGGACAUUGGGCUCAUCAUCACCUCCUGCUUCAUUUCUCCUGACUUCAGCCCCCAAGUGUCGUCUGACUACAUGCUUAUUGAGACAGCUUGCCCCGUGGAUAACUCCUUUAAAUGGACAACCAAUCCUCAAGAGAACUUCAAUCGUUUUGCUCCAAAAGUGGAGACAACGUUUAGCUUCACCUUCAACUCAAGGUUCAACAAACCCUUUGCUUUCCUGCACUGUGGCAUCUCUCUGUGCUCACAGGGGUCUCCAGAGAACCAGGGGCUACCACAGUGUCUGGACUCCAGCGAGAGCUGUCGUUUGUCUGCGAACCAAAUCGUUCAGCUGCUGUUGAACAAAAAGAUGUUGUCCAAGCAGAUGAUUGUGGAUGAAAAUCCAGGAAGGCAUCGAGAACUUCCUACAGAUCCUGCUGGUCCAGCUGACCUGCUGUACUUGGACCCCAGCACGGUGGUGGGGAUAGCCUUCGGGGCCUUUCUUAUUGGAGUUCUGCUGACUGGGGCCCUGUGGUUCAUCUACGCACACACAGGUGGGUCAGCCGUCAGGCAGCCCAUCCAGAAGACGCAGGCGGCCUCGGAGAACAGCAGCGCCGCUCACAGCAUAGGCAGCACGCAAAGCACGCCGUGCUCCAGCAGCAGCACGGCGUAGUUGAGGACGCCGCCACGCAGGAGGCACGCGGGUCGGCUGAGGCGCCUUCACAGUAACUGGCUCAUUGUCCUCCUAGAAGUGUGAUCCAGAAAAUCAGAGCACAGCAUCAGUGCACCGCCAGAUGUGCCGGGAUCGUUCUGAGACACAUCUCUGCACAAGAAAAAGAAAAAAGUUAUUUUUGGACUUUUGUUUUUUCAAAUCUAAAUGCUGCUUUUCUGAUCACAGUACAGCCCUUUUUGUUUUGUCCUUAAACGGUUUGAUUUCUGUCCCUCUGCUCCAACCGUGAGCGAGCGCAGUUAGGAGGAGGUCAGGAAGUGAUAUGUUGAUGGCUGGACCGUAACACAUUACUUUAACACAUGCGACCUAGAACGUAGCCAAAGAGCAAGCCAACCACUAUUAGAAUGAGGACAAUACGAACUUAUCUGUCAUCAUCCUGACAAAUAGAGACAAUGGAGUUGUUGAAUGUACGAGAGAAGAAUAAAUGCCAGCAAAUGUGAAAGAACAAUGUGAAAGAGCUGCACGUAGAACUCCACGUUUUAGAAUCAUUUCAAUACUUUUCCUUUAUUACGCCGUGCAGACCAAUGUCCACGUUUUCAGAAUUAAUCCAACAUUUCAGCAACAUGUAAAACAUUUUGCUGAAGGGAAAGGAGAACGCUGAUAGGCCCACUUGUUUUUGUGCCUGUGUUAAAAAGUGCGAUUAGCUUGGCUUCGUGUUGCAGCUGGAAACAGCUGCUCCAAGAUACAUGUAGGUCAGGAGAAAUCCUGAAAAUCUAAGCUGCCACUUUAUUUGGGUUCAAAUGAUUCCUAAAGCGCCAAUUCACAUCAAAAGUCGUCUCCAGGCGCUUAAUGAAACAACUUCCAAUUUAUAUGCAGAAAUACAUGAUCAAAUCAAUCUGAUCAUAAAUACAGAUUUCAAAGUCAGUCACAUACAUUCCAGUAUGGUAAUGUGUUUGUCAAACAAUGCAGUCGAGUUCAGUUUAUUAUUGCGUUUGGUAGAGAAAGUUUUCUACGUAGGGAAAUCCAGCCAGUCGCUGGCUCCCCGUUUGCUCCCUGAAUUAGUGAUUCUUACUCUGGACUGUCAACCAUUUCUCCACUGCUGCUCACACCAAGCUUAGCUUAUCCCCUUCAGACUGUUUAAAUCCCUCAGAAAUGUUUUAAAAGGACUAUUUCGCAUUACAUUGUCCAUUGAGUCCAUUGUUGGAACAUGUUGGUUUGUUUUUUUCACUGAGCCGUUGCUUUGCCAAGCCAAGCCAUCCACCUGCUUGCAUCACAGUUGUACAGACACAAGAGUGGUCUCAAAGUUCGUCUCAGCAGUCUCUUUUUUUAUUCCCUAAAGUGUAGUUAUACAGUGCCGGCCAGAAGUUUACAUACACUUAUCAUUAGGAUGAAUGUCCUAAGAAUUUUGGGCUCUAAAGGAUGCAUUUCUUUAUGAAGAGGACCGUUAAACCAACAAACAACUUCAGUUGUGUACAUGAUCUGGUUGUGCUGCAGUUUGAAUGGCAGAUUUUCUCUAAAACAGAAGUUUUUAGACAGUACAGUCCCAAAUAUAUGCCGCCACUAAUACUUGGAUGGAUGUUCCUUUAUAGUUUCCAGAGAAACGUACUUGUGUAGAAACAUCCUGCUAACAUCAUUCUGACUGAUUAUUUGGCCAUGUACGUUGCAGAAUUUGCCCCCUCUUGACAAACAACGGUUCAAAUCAAUUAUUAAAAGCCCCAAAUCAAGAUAACAUCAUGCAAAUGAUGACUGGAUGUAAACAUUUGCAUGAAACUGUCGAUUUGUAGAUUUAUGUGAAUAUUGUAAAUAGGCAAUUGUGUUCCAAGCUAGCGUGUGUGCAUAAUUCUCUUUACUGCUUCAUCUGUGCCAGUUCCUCGUUUUUACCUGAGUAAUCUGAUCCACGGAGUUGUCUUACGGACGACAUGAACUGUGGCCAACGCUAUACCAACAGUCGUGGUUUAGCGUGUGUUAGCUGAGGCCUUGCUGUCUGUCCUUUUAGCGUGCAGCACAUUGUAACAGGACCCGACAGGAUCAUGAGAAAAUGCAGAAGAACCUUCUGUAAGCUCUGUUUGUUCCCUUUUAUCGGAGAAAACAUGUGGCAUUUUUUCUCCAUUUAAAGACACCAGACGUUCUGUGGUGUGGAAUUCCUUAUCCCACGUGGAUUUGUGUAAAUCUUGGCACUCAAAGUGUGUUGUAGAAGUUGUAGCCAAAGCUCAUUGUUGUUCCACAGGUUUCCUACAACACCACAAGCUCCCCACCGUCUUACAAGAAUGCGAAUGUUUGCUCUGUUUCUGUGUGUGUGUGUGUGUGUGUCUCAGACUGAGUGCGUGGGUAGAAGAUAUGUUUAUAUGAGAUGGCUAUAUACCUUUAAACCGAUUAACUCUCUAAAAAAAAGCGGCAACAAAAAAAAGGAAACAAUGCUUUUUGUCUCAAAGUUUAUUUUUCUUCUCUUUUCUCAUGUAAACUUGUGUACAGCUUUCUACAGAUGCUAUAAAUAGAUAUAUUUGUGUAUAAGAUUAUAUUUUGGAAUGUCUUUACGAGAGAAAUCUAUUGUCUCCUGUGUGUGGAAGUACUGUGAAUUGUGGAUUUGCUCAGAUAUACAAACACAUGGCUUGGGAAACUCUUUGUAGACUAUACAUACAAAUGUCACGCCUUGUUGAUUAAAGUGCAGUUUAGAGUGUUUUCUAAGUGAACCUAAAAACCCAUAGAAAUGUACUCACGUGCAUUUUUCUGUGUGAAACUUUCUUAAUAAAAUUCUCUGCGUGCAUGAAUCGCUAACGUUCUACACAGCUGUUUAAAACUAGGAGGGUUCAUAAAAUGCGACUCAUAACUCAACUUGUACUAAGCUAUAUGUUUUUGGUUAGCCGUGUCUCUGAACAGAAUCUCCCUCUGUAGUAGGACGUAGUCACACAGGAAACCCUCCCUGGUUCCUAGUGUGCGGCAGCCAUAUUAAAACGGAGGCACUCUGACCUUUGUGUCAUGUAGUUUUUUUGUAGUGAUGUUGCACCCUAAUAAACUACAGCCCCCACCACAAUUACUGGCGCUCUUGGGAAAGAUGAGCAGAAAGCCUUAAAUUGAUCUUUUAUUGCAGUAGCUUGAGGUCACUGUGAAAACUGCUGCAGUUUGCUGUCCUCCCCCUUCAGCUGAUAAAUCAUCACACAUGAGCACACUUGGGCCAAUAGCUAUUUACGGAUAAGGCAUGCAAUUUGUAAAUAGCACGUUCUCUUUUUUUCAAGAGUCACCAUAUUUAUGCCCCCCUGAAUCAGGAAGGCAUGGAUUAACAAAAGUUCCUAAAUCUCUGAUUAGUUUAAAAGAGUAAAGUAUAAAUUACCAAAAGUUUCCGUUCCAUUUAUUUUCAAGGGUACCAAGAAGUGUGCCCAAACAUUUUAUGAAAGCAGUUAUUCCUCAGUGUGGGAUUUUUUUUUAAUAUAUAUAUAAAUGUACUCAAAUCCAAGGUUGGAUUUCAUUAAAACUUUAAAAUCUAGUUUAUGAUUGUUUCAAUAAAAAGCUGUUCAUGUUUAAUGCUUUUUACACAUCCUUGCCAAAAUGUAUGGUGGGCCCGGUAAUUAGAGCACAAAUCCAUAGAUCUAUUGAUUGUAUUUUUUUAUGUGAUCUGACUACCUCACGUGUUUCUUUGAAUGUGGAGUUUGAAUGCCUGGUUGUAUGGAAGUGCUACAGGUUAAACAGCAGUUUAGGAUUCAAGACUCGACCGUGAUGCUAUCACAUUUAGUCAUUAUAAAAGACAUUUGAAAGCAAACAUUAAUGCUAUAACUUUUUUUUUUUGUGAGCCUUUGUAAAUGUAUUAACCUUUGAGUUAGCAGUUUAUUUUCUCUGUGUUUUUCAUAAAGUCUUUUAUACGCUGUAAAAAUGCAUGACCCCUUGUACGCCCAUUAUGGCCAAUAAAUAUUUCACAAUAAUUACGAUGA